AUGUCGAGUGUCAAACAAGCAAAAAAGACGCAAGAAGGAGUCAACUCAAAGCUUGCUUUGGUCACUAAGAGUGGUAAAUACGUCCUCGGAACAAAGAGCACAUUGAAAAGCAUUAGAGAAGGAAAGAGCAAAUUGGUCAUCAUCUCUUCUAACUGCCCAUCUCUUGAAAGAGCCCGUGUCGAGUACUACGCCGUUCUCGCUAAAGUCAAUGUCGUCCACUACGCUGGAACUAACGUCGAUUUGGGAACCGCUUGUGGACGUUACUUCGGUGUUUCUGUCUUGAGCAUCGUCGAUGCUGGUGACUCCGAUAUCAUUAAGGCCGCUGAAUAA